GCGUCUGGAGUCUUAGGCUCAGUAGUGAUCAGUAGCGUCACAAGUUACGGUUGUGUUAUUGGUGAAUGAUUUGGUCUGUUUAUACAUGUCAGACAUAAUGUACAAUGCGGUUCUGUCAUUAUUAUUGUUUGUAACGACAAUAAAUUUUGGAUACUGCACACAGAGAACUUUACGAUCAUGGGUGAAUCCUGGAUGUGGUGAAUUAUGUAAAGACACAAAUUUGACAACAGUUCAUUUAAGAGCUGAUGGCCUGAAUGACACCUUGCAUUAUUUAUGGGAUUUUGGUGGCAAUCCAUCCAUAUUAUUAGCCCUCACUUCACCUUCAGCAGUUCUUCAUAUAGAUUGGGAGGACUUCAUUGCGAGGAAAAAGAAUUCAGUAAUAUUUACGGAAGAACCUAUUUAUACAUUUGGUAUAGUUAUAAAUAAGAUUAUAGAAUUUAAUGAUUUAAACGACACAGCAUUUAUAAACAUUAGCAAUGUUGUAAACACAAACAUUCUAAAUCCUAUGUUUUUCCAAUGGGAACGAAAGACUUUAACUAGAAACAACGAAUUUGUUUCCCUGGACAUGGAAGGCAAAGAUUACAAGGAUGCAUUUACAAAUACUAGUAGACAGGGAACAGUAAAGUUUUCGCUGAUAGGUUUUUGUUCCCUUGACCAUUCAGAAAUAAUGCCACACAUGUUGCACACUGAGAAUUCCACUCAGGUGGACAUUAUACUUGAUCAUAUGCAAAUUAACAAAACAUUCACCAAUAGUAGGUUCGCCAUUGAAUUACUAGUGGUAGGGGAAGGAAAUCCAGACAUCCCUUUGUUUGUAGAUCCUCAAAAAAGUUUGGACGAUGAACACACUCCAGGCGUAUUCGAGGUUGUUGAAGUGCGUACUCCACCUUAUCCAAACAUGAAUAACUAUCAAACACAAGGAGCUUACUUGCAAUGGAGACCGGUCUCCUAUACAAGCGUAUUUCGUGAUUCAACGAAUUUUACGGAAACAGUGCAAUAUCCGCCAAUAAAAGUUGCUGAUCACACAAAUGCAAUUAAAAACUCUUUGUUGUAUUGCUAUUACGGAGACAAAGUAAACGGUCUACUUACUCAAAGAAUUAUAGUAUCACUAGGAGCAAAAGGGGACGGUUUUUAUAGAAAGACGUACUAUUCCACGUGGACGUUCUUAGUUGGUUACGGCACACCGCCCAAAGAAAAUUUCUCCUACCUGGUGAUUAUGAUCAUUUCGAUUGGCAUCGGCCUUCCGCUCCUUAUUCUAAUAGCAACCGGUAUAUAUUUAUGUGCUCGCAAGAUUCAUAAGCGACGUAGUGAGUCGUAUCUAAGUCAAUGAUAGAAUCUCUAGAUCGUACAAAAAUUUCUGCGUCGUGUUCGAUAGACAUAUUUGUGCACGAUUAGUUGUAUUUGCGAUACCACCGUUAACUCAGACGAAGAGAUUUUCCUAUAUUUAUAUACAUACAUAGUAUAGCACAUAUAUUUUUUACACGAAUUUUCAAGUUAAUUCACCAAUCAAUUUGAUGUAUAAUAUCAACGCAAUGCAAACGAACUAUGCUGUACAAAUUUAUACACGUUUCAUUAAUAAAUCAAAGAUACGUACACACGCAAA